CGCUCGACUGCGAUUCGCGUGGCCACGGUCAUCUUAUCCACAAACCGCGACGAUGCCCGCAUAUCAUUCAUCGCUGAACGAUUACCCCGACCUCAGGCAGGUCGGUAAUGUCGCCGUACUCCCGAUCCGCACCAAAGUGCGUGGCCCUGCACCUCUUGGUCAGUCGCCAGAAGAGAUGGACAUCAUCGACGAAACCCUCGAUCUCUUCCGUGCCAACUCGCUCUUCCGCAACUUCGAGAUCAAGGGCCCCGCCGACCGUCUCCUGAUAGUCCUCAUCCUCUACGUAUCUGACUGCCUUGCCAAGCUCGGCGCUGCACGCACGGUACCUUCUCAGAUCGAGGCAUCCAAAUCUCUAAACACGCUCUCCGUCGACAACUUCCCCAUUCCGGGCGACGCCAACUUUGCUCUGAAUGCGCAUUACUCCCCACCCACGAGUCGCCAGGACGCAGAUUACCUGCGGCAAUACCUUACACAGGUGCGACAGGAGUUGUCCGCGCGCCUCGUCGAGAAGCUUUACGCGGAUGGGACCGGAAAACCCAGCAAGUGGUGGAUGUCCUUCCAGAAGAGACGCUUCAUGAACCGUAGCUUGGGCUCAUAGAUCGCUAAGUCCGACAGCAGUGUAACAUACUCUACUCCCUUCAAUGCAAUCACCAUACAACUCUACACCUUUCGUCUGCGUUCGUUGGGAUUCUUUCUCCCGAAGCCAAUCUUUGGCAUGUCCCCGUCCGGUUUAAUCGACCGCCCCUUACCUCCUGUACCGACGCUCAUAAUACCCGGAAGCCAGUCCGGAUCCGACCAGCUACCUACAUUGACACCACCCUCUCCACCGCUGUUUAGUAGGCCCUUCAGCAUUUUAUGUUCGUCACGCUCGCGCUUGCCAUCGGUACGCUUUUUGGCACGCAUAUACUCGACUUGAUCCUCACGGAGGAUUAUGCCCUCUCCCGAGCCGGUCUUCGCCGACCCAGGUUUUGGUGCGGGUAUUGAGUACUUUGUCCCUCGCAUCUUGUACUGGAAAUUCCGUUUCAGAUGAAUUUCCAUGAUCGGCACAUCACCAGAUGCGUCGGGAGAAGCCACCGUGACAGAUGUUCGCAUCAGCGUAGGGUUUCCACAUGAGGGGCAGAAUUGCUUUGAGUUGUCUUUGCAAAUCCUAGGCGGCGAUCUGUCAGCAUCUGGAUGUCGCGAUAAAGGUAUGGAUUCACUUGAAACAAGCAUGACAGCGCAAAACCCAGCUCUUGAGCUUUUGUAUGCG